AUGGGGGAUCAUGCUCAGGAUGCAGAGAAAGGCGUGAGCAGUGGGAGAGUCACUCGAGGGAACCUUCGCGCCCAGGCAGCCAAUUUCAUUUCGCCUCCUGGAUCCAAGACUCCACCAAGUAUGCCAGCAAAGAAAACCAUCGUCUAUCCGGAUAACCUGGGGAACCGCCCCCGAACCGCCCAAGAGGGAUCGCAGCCUGUCGACGCGAAGCAACUGGAAAAGGCACUGAAGGAUUAUGAUGAAGCUGGACGUCGACGUGAGAGAACCCCAGGGACCAGCCCGUGCCGAAAGCGACAACGGGUCUAUGGCGAUCGAUUUAUCCCAAACCGUGAUGGGCAGGAUCUCCAGGCGACCUUUAGUCUACUCUACGAAGAUGGAUGCCCAUCCACGCCGUCCAAGUCCAAGAGACGCGCUCCUCACUCGGAACUGCAUUUCCAAAAGACGGAGGAAGCAAAUCGCACCUUCUCUCGGGUGCUGCGCAGUGAGAUGUUCGGCAACACGGUACCUCAACCGGAUCUCCCGGCAGGCUCCCCUGACCCUCUCUUGGGUUUCAGCAAUGGCAUUAAUGACAAAACACGAUCACAUACUCCUCCAUCACAUGUGGUGGCUACCCUUCCUCCUGCAAGCAUUACUCCAUCCACCCCACAUAAGAAUCUCUUCAACUAUGGACCAACUCGGCCUGGAUCUAACCACCCAACACCCUCGAAAACACCACGAAGCGCCCAUGCGCCAAACCUCAAUGUCCGAUCAGAACUCUACAGUCUUUCGCCCAUUCGAUAUGAUAGCCAGCGCAUCCUAGAAACUCCGCGCAAACAACCACGUUAUGUCAACAAGGUGCCUUACAAAGUUCUGGAUGCCCCUGACCUACAGGAUGACUUCUACCUGAACUUGGUAGACUGGGGCAGUAGCAACGUCGUCGGUGUUGGACUGGCCAAUUCCGUUUACAUGUGGAACUCGCAAUCCGGCCGUGUGACGAAGCUCUGCGAGCUUAAGGAUGACACCGUUACCAGUGUGAGCUGGAUCCAGAGAGGCACUCACCUGUCCAUUGGUACUGGUAAAGGCCUCGUACAGAUCUGGGAUGCUGAGCACUGCCGGCGAUUGCGAACAAUGAUUGGCCACACAAAUCGUGUCGGAGCCUUGGCCUGGAAUGACCAUAUCCUUACAUCCGGCUCCCGGGACCGUCUCAUUUACCACCGCGAUGUCAGAUCUCCAGAUCAGUACGUUCGGCGACUGUCUGGCCAUAAGCAAGAGGUCUGCGGCCUGAAGUGGAACACUGAAGAUGGUCAGUUGGCUUCUGGUGGCAAUGACAAUAAGUUGAUGGUGUGGGACAAGUUGAACGAGACUCCAUUGUACCGCUUUUCCGAUCACUCUGCUGCUGUCAAAGCUAUCGCCUGGUCACCCCACCAGCAUCAUCUUCUUGCUUCAGGUGGCGGUACGGCUGACCGUACCAUCAAGUUUUGGAACACUUCUACAGGCUCUAUGAUUAAAGAAGUGGACACCGGUAGCCAAGUCUGCAAUCUCUCCUGGUCCAAGAACUCAGACGAAAUCAUUAGCACUCACGGUUACAGCCAAAACCAGAUUGUUAUUUGGAAAUAUCCUCGUAUGGAGCAAAUUGUCUCAUUGACCGGUCACACAUUCCGGGUCCUCUACCUUGCCAUGAGUCCUGAUGGCCAGACUGUCGUAACCGGCGCAGGUGAUGAGACUCUGCGAUUCUGGAAGAUCUUUGACAAGCGAGCUUCGCGAGACUCACGGCGGGAAGGUAGCAAACUAGCUGAGUGGGGUACCAUUCGCUAG